AGCUAUGGGAUACGGCAGGCCAGGAACGCUUCAGAAAGAGCAUGGUGCAGCACUAUUACAGGAAUGUACAUGCUGUUGUGUUUGUAUAUGAUAUGACAAACAUUGCCAGUUUUCACAGUCUGCCGUCAUGGAUAGAGGAAUGCAAACAACACCUUCUUGCCAACGAUAUACCACGGAUUCUUGUUGGAAAUAAGUGUGACCUGAGGAGUGCUAUUCAGGUUCCGACGGACUUGGCCCAGAAGUUUGCCGAUACUCACAGUAUGCCGUUAUUUGAAACCUCUGCCAAAAACCCCAAUGACAAUGACCAUGUGGAGGCCAUAUUUAUGACACUGGCUCACAAGCUUAAAAGUCACAAGCCAUUAAUGCUUAGUCAACCCCCAGAUCGCGAUGAAAUACAUAUAAAGCCUGAACUAAAACCUGCCAUGACCUGCUGGUGUUAAAUCGUGCUAUUAUCAGCUCUCACCUUGUCUUGUUUGCAAAUGCUUUGAAAUUGUGAUCUUGGCAAAGUUCCAGGUUUUGGUAGCAAUUAUAGCGAAUCUCUUUGGCACUUUAAUGUGGUUUUUUUCUGGUGUAGAUGUGCCCAUCUCAUGUUCUUGCACUUUGUAAUUGUACUUUCUGAAUUACUGAAGUUUCGCUAUAAAUAUACAGGGAAAGUAAACUUUCAAGUGAAGUUUUGACAAAGCAAUUCUACUUGAGCUCUUGCUGCCUGAGGUUGUUUUCAUCACUUGUGGUACGGUUAUAAAUAGUAAGCCAGUU